AUGAUAUGCCUAUUUUUCAUAUAUACUUUGAUAUUGAAUUUGAGUUUUGGUGAAGGAGAAAAACGAAAACAUGACAAUGCGAAAAAACCUCCAAAUAUUUUGUUCAUAAUGGCAGACGAUUUAGGAUUCAAUGAUUUGGAUUGGAAAGAUGAAACGUGAGUUUGAAAAAUUUAAAAAAAAGGGGGCAUUUAGAAGAUUUUAAUGCACACAAGAAACUUUUUCUCGCAAACCUCUGAAAUUUUGUUCAAAAAAUCUGUAAUUUUUGAACUCGUGUUCCACAAAAAAUCGGGAAAAAUCCGGAAAAUAAUUAGAAAACCAGUGAGAAUUAGUUUCUCCAAAUAAAUUUAGCUCUUGAGAAAAAAAUUGUUAUUUUAGUCAGUGAAUAAUAAAUCAUGAACGUAAAGAAUGAGACUUGUCAAAAAUAAAGUAAAAGUUCAAGAAUUUUGCGACCUUUGGUGAUAUUUUUCCUAAUAAGAUGUCUAAAGCAGGAAGACUUGAAAUCCAGGAUUCAGAUAAUAACAAAAGUAUUUUGAAUGUUAUUGGAAAAUAGUACUACUUCAGUUAGCCAGUCAAAAAAAAAAUAAUUCAUGAACAAAUUUCUAAAGAACAAAAGCUUGACAAAAAGUAAAAUUCAGAAAAAAAUGGAUGUUUGACAUGAUCACGCAAGGUUAUAUAGCUCUAGACAGUUAGAAAAACUAUUUAUUGAAAUUUAAUAAUCUGUAUAUACGAGGAAAAACAAUAAAUUACCUAUUUUCAUAUUGAAAUUGAUAUUCAAGAAAAACACAAAACUGUCAACAACCCCCUAAACCCGGAAAUAUUACAGCCUACACACGCCGAAUUUGAGAAAACUGGCAUUUCAUAAAAAUACGGCACUUCUCACAAAUUCAUAUGUCAAUCAGUUAUGUACACCGUAAGUGUGAAAAACAAUGAAAAAUUGACACGAAAACGUUGUUUUUCUUUUUUUUUCUAGAACAAGAAGUGCAUUUAUGACAGGUUAUUAUCCAUUUCGAACCGGAGUUCAGGUACAAUUGUUUUCAACGAGCAAACUACAUACAUAGAAAUGAACAAAAUUGUUUCAGAAUGGUGUGUUUCUACAUAUGGAGCCUUCCGGAAUACCAGAAAUGUUUCCGUUUUUAUCGGAAAAUAUGAAAUCGUUGGAUUACUCAACAUAUUUAGUGGGUAAAUGGCAUUUAGGAUAUUGCAAAAAGGAAUUUUUACCAACAAAUCGUGGAUUUGAUUAUUUUUACGGGUUUUAUGGACCACAAACUGGAUAUUUUAAUCACAGCGCGGGUGAGUUCUAUGAACUGAUGUGAGAAAAAAUGGAACAUCAGUAAGUGAAAACACUUCUGGUCCAAGCCAAAAACCUUCUAAACGGAAACGACAUGAUCAAAAAACAUCAGCUAGCUAAUUUUUUCGUUUGUUUUCGGUUGUUUGCAAAAAACCGUGGGAUUAAAGGACAUUCAUUAUCUUGGGGGAUGAAUUAUUUUAUUUUUAGCAAUAUGAAAACAACCCAACAAAAUUUGAUAUCAUUGUUUUUAUUUUGAAAAAUGACGAGGUGAAUUUGUUUUGAGAAAAGAAGUAUUUCCUAUUUUUGAAAUAGAAAAAGUCAGAAAAUAUGAGGUGUUAAUUUGAUCAUUGUUUUUUACUUUUUCUAUUAAAAGUAUGUAGGUAACAAAGGCGUUGAAAACACAGAACACACAUUCUGAUUAUUAGAAUUUGUUACAAUGUUUUUUGGAGAACAAAUAUGAACAAAUGAUGGAUUGAACAUAUGAACAUAAAACAGUAAAUGUUAUUAUUACGGUGGUCUGAAAGAAUAAAAUAUUAUUUUAAAAAAAACAUCAGGAUAGAAAAAAUCCUAUUCAAGUUUUUUUCAGAUCAGUGGCAUAGAGAUUUACGGCGAGUUGUGAAAGGUCUUGAUCUAUUCGAAGAAGUUGGCAGUGGUCAAAGUGUCCCAGAUUUCUCUCAAAAUGGUGUAUACUCUACAGUAAAUUUUCACUCUGUUUGAAUUUCUCUUCAAAUGUAUUUUUCCUAGGAUCUUUUCACUGAUGUUGCUGCAAGUGUUCUAGAUAAUCACAACAUGUCAAAACCAUUUUUUAUGUUUCUAUCAUAUCAAGCAGUUCAUCCACCACUUCAAGUUCCAAGAGUUUUUGAAAAAUAUUGUUCACGUGUAAAAGGACGAUAUCGUAGAACAUAUUGUGGUAAAUUUCGAUGAAAAAUUUCAGAAAAAAAAAGAAUUUUUCCAGGAAUGCUGACAUCAAUGGAUUUUGCGAUCGGUCGACUUAUCGAUUAUUUGAAAAUGGCAAAUCUCUAUGAAGACACUGUUAUUGUCUUUACCAGUGAUGUUAUUCCUUUUUUACGUUAAGAGAGUUUCAACUAAAAAAUAAUUUUCAGAAUGGCGGAACUGCGGAUUUUGGAGCAUCGAAUGCGCCAUUACGCGGUGAAAAGGAUACAUUAUGGGAAGGUGGGACUAAAACAACGACGUUUUUACAUUCUCCGAGAUAUAUCAAAAAUGGUGGACCAAGAGAUAUGUGAGUGAAGUUUCUUUUUUGAAUUAUAAUUUUUAAAAAAUGAGGUUUCAGGUUGUUUCAUGUGGUAGAUUGGCAUGCCACACUACUAGCUAUUGGCGGACAUCACGGAGAAUCUUACGGUAUUCUAAUUUCAUUGUAGGUUCAUAAUAAUUUUAGUCGUGUUCUAGGUGACGGAAUAAAUCAGUGGGAAUAUUUGAGGACUGGAAAAGCUAGAAUUCGUAGAUCACAGUUUGUCUAUAAUAUUGAUGUUCACGGUUCUGCUAUUCGGUAGGUUUGAAUUUUUAUUUUCCGGAAAGAUUGUAGUAUUUUUCACAGGGAUGGUGAUUUCAAGUUAAUUCUUGGGAACCCAGACAGAAAAUCAUUUGGAGAUCGAACAAGAUUGCGAUUAUUCAGAAUUUCAAGUUUGUUUUUUUCUCUUUUUUUUUAUACAUUCUGAAUUUCAGGUGAUCCGACUGAAUCGAAAGAUAUCGCUCGACAAAAUCCAAUAAUAGUUCAACGACUCUCAAGAAAAUUAGAAGAGUUGAAAAAGUAUCUGCACAAAAACGUUAGAAAACCUCUUGAUCUUGCCGGUAAUCCAGAAAAAUUUAAUGGAUCGUAUUCCAGUUAUUGGUGCUAA